GGUGGGGCAGGAUGCAGGGGUGGAGCCAAGACCCACUUCCUUUCCCCUUGGGGCUCAGUCUGCCCCAGUCCCGACCAAGUCUCUGAAGGAGCAGGAGGUUACUCUCACCCUGGCCCUGUGCCGCUUCCAUUGAACUGGUCCCAACUCCAGCUCUGGAGAUGGCCCUGCUUCUCCUCCUCUUUGCGGGCUUUUGGACCCAGGUGAUGAGCAACCCAGAAGGUCUGCAGAACACAACGAUGUCGCUAUCUACCCUCCUUUCCAAGGUCUCAAUUAUCUCUGAGGCCUCGGCUGUCAACUCAGCAGCCUCCAUUAGGCCAGAGACAGUGGAUCCUGAGGGGACUACCGGCAUCCGGAGUCAGACCCCACAUCCACCUUCCCCACCCCCCUUUGAAACUAUUGAAUCGUCUACUCUUGGGCUUCCCGCUGGUGACAGCAUAAACACCUCUGUACCGGAGCCUGCAACCUCCUGGGAAGUUUCCAAGACAUCGGUGCAGCUUCCAGAAUGGAUAGCUGUUUCCAGGGACCCUCCUACUACCACAGCCAAUCCUGUGACAGACGGAGCGGUCACAGUUACCUCUCUAGAAACCUUUAGAGGGACUAGUGCACCCCCUGUCGCCAUGACAACAAGUUCCAAGGAGACCAGUGAACCCUCUGUGGCUACCACAGUAAUCUCCAAGUCCAGUGGUCCCCCUGUCAUCAUGACUACUGAAUCUCCAGGGCUCUCCAGUGAGCCACAUGGACUCCUGACCACCACAGCAACCAGUUCUGUGGAGAGUUCUAGUGCAGCCGGUGGCACCCCAGUCUUCAACAUAAAAAUAUCCACAACGUCUACCCCAGAGCCCGUAACCAACAGGACGCCACACCAGGGAUCAAGUGGCAUGUUGCUAGUGCCCAUGCUUGUGGCCUUGCUAGUGGUUUUGGCCCUUGUGGCUCUGCUGCUGUUGUGGCGCCGGCGGCAAAAGCGGAGGACUGGGGCCCUGACGCUGAGCGGAGGUGGGAAGCGUAAUGGGGUAGUGGAUGCCUGGGCUGGGCCAGCCCGGGUUCCUGAUGAAGAGGCCACAACAGCAGCAGCAUCUGGGUCAGGGGGCAACAAGGGCUCGGUGGCCCUGGAGAGAGAGGGGUCGGGGCAACAGCGGCCCACGCUCACCACUUUCUUCAGCAGACGGAAGUCUCGCCAGGGCUCUUUAGUCCUGGAGGAGCUGAAAUCUGGGCCAGGUCCCAACCUAAAGGCGGAGGAAGAACCGCUGGUGGGCAGCGAGGAUGAGGCUGUGGAAACCCCCACUUCUGAUGGGCUAGAAGCUAAAGACGGGGCUGCUGCACCUCAAAGCAUGUGAGCAUCAGGAGGCCUUCACCCGACCUGCUCCCUAACCCUGGAUCCUGCUCUCAGCGUCCUGGCACUCUACAUUUGUGAAUAUUUGUGAACUAAGUGCGUUCGUUCGUUCGUUCGUUCAUUCAUUCAUUCAUUCAUCCAUCAUCCAUCCAUUCUCUCCCCCCUUUCUUUCACUAUGCUCCUUUUGGAGAUAGUUGCUGAAUCUCCGAUAAUCUUAGUUGACCUACAAUUCCUUCAAGGAUCCACCUUGAGAGGCUGGGAUCUGACAAAGAAUGAAAUGCCAAACUUUGGGAAGUAUAUGGCGCCCCCUUCAGGACUCCCAUUUGCUCAGGGGCCAGCUUAGAGCCUGGAUGGGGACAUCCAGCCUGUUCUUGGGUGAACUAUGACCUGUGGCUUUCCUCAGAGCACUCUGGCUUUGGGCUGGCUUGUAGCUGCUGGGGGAGGCUGCCAGAGAUUGGCUACUCUCCUUGGGGGCAGAAAUGAGAGUUUCUGGCUCCAAGAAGCCUAACACCUGCUGUGUCCACUCGGAGAUGCAGUUUGUGUACAAGAUGUGCCGCUUAGGUGAUGGUUGUGAAGAGUACGAGUGAGUACAGAUGGUGGGAAAGAGCCCGGCAGGGACUGGGGACCGCCAGAAGAAGGGACCCGGUAACUGCCGAGAGCGCAGAGCCCUUCAUCUCGCUCAGACAGGGUCGAAGCAGCUGAAAACCUAAAUCUGGAUGUAGCCUUCAAAAGAAUGCAAACUCGAUGGGGACUAAGCCGCCAGAUGCUCCCCUCAAAAGCUCCCUCACACCGACACCCACCCACCCCACGCCCACAUGCAAGAAGCGGAGAGGCGGAGAGGCGUCAGCCCAGCGCGGGGACUGGGUGCCUCCACCCCCCCCCCCCCCCGCCCCGGUCUUGAUGCCUUUUCUAACAGUCUCGGUUUUUUCGGUUUGUCUGUUUCCUCUUCCACUUCAAGACUGAAGUCCUUCCCUUUUCUAAAGAGAGUAAGAGGGAGUUAGAAGAGAAUACAGGCCCUGGGGGUGGAACAUGCUUGCCAGGGACUCCCCAGGGUCUGAGGUAGAGGGAGGGGACAGUUCCCAGUUGGGCUACUUCUGACCCAUCAGCCUCUGGUACCAGCAUGUGGUCCGAAGGUGGUUGCUGGAGGAGAUUUGCAAGAGGAAGUUGUUGAGUCAGAGGGCACAGUCCUUGAGAACGGGCUGACCUACAAAAGGAGGUGUGAGGGUGGCUGUGCAUGGCCGGGAUGGAAGAGGGGAAGAUGGGAAAUGGAGGCCCAGGUGGCUCUCCAGAUGAAUGUGGGAGAGGGAAGGAGAGCAAGGCAUGGAAAGGGGCCCGGAUCAGCUCUCAUCACAUCAAGCUGCCAUUGCCCCCUCCCUUAGCCUGUGGGGAAGAGGAAGGGCUGAGAUGGGCACCCGUGGGCCCCCUUGAACCAUUUCUACUGCUCACUAGGGGCCAUGUGGACCAACUUUAAGGAGAUGGCAGAAACGAGUCGCAAAUGGCCCAUAAGGGACACAGCAGCUGUUCCGGUAGGUUUUGCCAAGCUGAGUGCCCCAAUUUCAGGUAUUUAGAGGAUAAUGUCACCAAACUGAGAGGUCAAGGGCUCUGACAUUUCCUGAGCUGUUUUUGGUUUUCAGCUGCAGGAAGAGAAGAAGGUUGAAGGAAGUGGGGUAGAGAUGGGGGGGGGGGGGGUUGCCACCUAACAGGACUUCAGCCCAGACAGGGUCAGAAGGCUUCAAACCCUAAAUUGAGUGACAGACAAAAAUGUCACAAGGGCGCUAAAAGAAGGAAGUGGUCGUACUGUUUCUGAGGGAAGACAAGAAGGCUUCAUGUUUGUCCCAGGCUCUCCUCGGCCACAUCCCAUUUCCUAUUGGCUCCUGUGCCUGGCAAAAACAGGUGCUCAGUGUGCAGUCACAUGAACGAAUGAAUGAUGAAUGAAUGAAUGAAUGAAUGAAUGAAGAAAUGAGGCUUUGAAAGCUAGGAAGGGGAAGGUAUUUUUACCACAGGUGCUAGAGGGUGCAAAAGUGUAUAACUAAGUAGAGCAGGAAACAUGGUGGGACACAGAUGGAUGUCCUUCAGUUCAGCAGAGGAAAAACAGUAAGCAAGCAACAGAUGUGGUAAAGCCAGAGAAAGAGAGAAGGAGGGUAAACAGAAACAGGGAAAUGUAAAGCAGUUUCAGCUCCAUCAGUCCUGAGGUGAUUGUGUGUGGCUCGCGUUCGUGACACCCUCGCCAUGUUUCCAGAAACUGUAACGACCCCAGAAAUGGCUGCAGCUGACAUGGAAUGGGAAGAAGGAAGGCAUUCAUCUGUAAAUACGUAUGGUUCUCAUUUAUAAUAAAAGCUACAUCCCAAAUGUUUAGUGUGGUCCUCUGAAAGGUGGGGAAUCGAAGUGUGAUUUUCAUCUUACUUUUCUGUGGUUUUCAAGUUUUACACAAUAAAUGUCUUUACUUUUACAGUUA